AUGUUCGCGUCGGACAUUGCUCUGCUCAUUGGUGGCCCAAUACUGGCUGCAAUAUUGCUAUUCGAGGCCAACCGCGAGCACAAGAUACACGUGGAAUCGCGCGGCCUCUUUCGGUUCCCCGUCGCGCUCCUCUUCUCGACGGUGGCAUGUCUGGGAACAGCACUCUUGUUUGCUCAGGUCAAUCCCUAUGUCAUCUACUCGUAUCCAAACGCCGUCUUCUUCUCGCUCUUUGCUCUGGGUUUCAUCGUUCUCUAUGCAGUACUAGCAGGCUCUGCUAGACUACGACCUACUCCUCACCAAACUACAGCCGUCCUCGGCGAAAUGUUCCUCCUCUGGUGGAUCAUUCUCGCUAUUGACAUCGAGAGAGGUUUGCUUGUAGUGCGAGCAUUCUUCUUCGCUCCAUUCCUCUACAUGUCAUCUCUCAUCGGUCUCGCAGCCAUGUUGCUUCAGGCGAUCCGUGGUCAUGCAGUUCUGCCCGGUGACGUUCGAUUGCCCGAAGACAUUGUGCCCACUGGAGAGGAUGGCAACCUUGCAUCCAAACUGAAAAUGCAUCUCAAUCCACAUAAACUAUGGCGAUACUGGAACCCAAAUCUACGCCGCGUCACGAUUGUCGGCAUUACACUGGUGACGCAGCUCGGCUUCUUCAUCGUCCUGAUGGUCAUGGGGAAUAAAUGGAUCAAGUUUCAACAACCUCGAAGCAUUCUCCUGGUCGACGCCACUUCGGCGCUCUUCCUCGUCUUGCCGUUUGCGACCUUUAUGCACAAGUUACACUGGACCAUUCCAUCAACUUUCUCGCUCGUCUUCAUUGGCACCUUUUUCUUCAGUCUCUUCAUUUUCCCCUUUACCAGCCGGGCUCCUGCAUAUCUUGAAUUUACUCAACGACUCUCGCUUGACAACGGAACGAAUACGGUAACCCUCACCGGUCCGAGAGGCUACUUGGAGUACGACAUCGUCCCACAUCUCCCCUCGUUCAAGGCGAGCACCGACCUUCACGUCUGUGGCGAGGCUCCGAUGGGUCUAGUCGGACAACCGGAAUCUAGCUUCUGUAUAUGGCACGGACUUCCCCCGCCAAAGGCGCCGGAAGAUCUGUUGAUGAUUCAAAAACUGCCUACGACUUCGGCCACCGCCAUCAAGGUCCUAGUUAUCUAUUCGCCAAAUUGCAGAGGUUUUGGACUCGAAUUUACUGGUCCGCAGCCGAGAUGGGAAGGCAUCUCACGCUCUGAAGAGGCGAGCGGACGGGUCAUCGAAACGUUCAAAGUGUGGGUUGACAACGACAAGCCAGUCUACAAGGCAAAAGCCUCGUGUGUUUGGGACAUCAAACUCAAGCAUGUUCCAGCGUUUACAGAGGCCGAGGCGUUCUCUCCACGGUGGGCGAGGGUCAGGGGCGACUCGCGAGCGUUGAUGAUUGCAGAGAGAAUCACCGAGAUCUGA